AUGGAAGCAUGGAUUCCACUCUAGCACCUGAGUGGCACUGACACGGGCGCUCUCGGACAGCCGAACAACACAACAUCACCCAAACAUCGCUCUUCCGCCCUCCUCCACCUUCAACCACCAUCUUCCCACGACCCUCACUUGCACCUCACCUUCUCCUCCAGCAGCAGUUCUAUAACUGGCCCAACGAUAGACAGCCCAACGAUACUUUUCUGAAAAGGUGCUUGUCACCAGUUCGCCAUGAACAGCGUUCUCUCACAGGUCGGCGUCGCUCCCCACCUUCUUCCCCAAAACCGCCUUUCGCCUUCCCGCUCAUUCUUCUCGAACUCGCCCAACAUGAAUCGUAAACGGAAAGCAGAAGAUGAUGCAAGCGCCGAAAGCGAUGAACGUAUGUCAGCAUCACCAUCGACCUCCCCUUCUAUGAGCUCCCGCCCAUUCCCAGCUGCAUCAUCAAAUCGUAUAACAAAACGCAUGCGAACAAACCUUGCCGGAAGACCACUCUCGCUACCACGUCUGCUUGAGACUCUGACGGCAGAAGAGAUGCGAAACAUACUCCAAGUCAUAUGUGAUCGGAACCCUCAGAUAGGAGCAGAUGUCGUGGCGGCAGCCCCCCGACCAAGCGUAGGCUCUGCUUUGGGAGUACUGGGACAGUACGAAGCAUCCCUGCAAACCUCCUUUCCAUUUGGUGGGCGCAACAGCUCAGACUACUCAUACAAUCGAGUUCGACAAGCACUAGUCAACCUACUUGAUGCUUUAAAGGACUACACUCCACACUUCUUGCCUCCGAACGAGACACAAGCUGCAACUUCUCUCACAUUCCUCGACGGUGCUACUGAGGUCAUUCAUCGCCUUCCUGAGUGGGACAACUUUCAAAACAAUCGUCACAAACAAGAAGCUUACGAAGAGAUGGCGAAGGCCUGGGCGGCCGUCAUCCAGGAGGCGGCGAAACGUGCAGGAGGAAUACAACUACAAUAUGGUGGAUGGGACCAGAAACUUAACAAACACAACCAGCAGUCUCAUGGUCGAAUGCAGGAUGCUGUUGAUGCAUUAAGAACGAGUCUCGGAUGGAUCGGAGGUGACAUGAAUUCCGGAUCAGCAUCAACGUCUGCCAACGCGAACGACCCAAGCAGCAUCCGGCAACAACUUCUCAGCGGAACAUACGGAAUCCAGUCUCAAGUACGUGUUGGUCUAUGGUAGACUAGGUUUUGAGCAUUUUUGUCCCGCAACGACCUCGUUAUGAUACCUGUUUCUGCUUGCAUUAUCAUUGCGUUCACAUCAUCGGGGGCAUUUUAUUCCACUUUCAUUGGCGUAUU